CAUUCCAGAUUGUCAUUUUUAGGUAAUAUUAUGGAGCAUGGAGCAACAGAAGAUUUUCAUGCAGAUAGGAAAUUCUCCAAAAGAAAAAUUAACCGGCCAACAGAAACAGCAUCAAUGACUGGGAAACGAGUGAAAGCUGCCUUCCCAGUUUCUAGGGACAGUUUUGGUGAGAAUGGUGAUCCUGAAGAUGAGGGAAUAGCAUCAGGAGCCCAUGUCACCAAGGAGGAAGUGGAAAAUGUUUUUGCAGUUUCUGAUGACAGUGACCUUGAAUUUAGUGACAGAGACUCAGAAGACUCUGAUGAAUCUUCGGUGGUGGACUUGGAGACUGGAGGAGGACCUCUAUUGUACCCAUCAUCUAACUUUGCAUCAAAAAGCUCAUUUCUCUCAUGGCAUGAGAAUCAACCAUCCUUGGAAAAUAGCAGCUUGGUGGAUGCAGAACAGGAUGAUUUUCUCACUAGAUAUACCUUGUCUGAAGAAUCUUCAGAAACUGAGACCAUGCGCAAAAGUCUGGAGAUCAACAUGGCACUUCAGAAACUUGUUAUGGGGGAACUUAAUGUACUCCAUCUGUAUCUGGUGAAAUGCAGGCGCCGACAAGAGGAACUGGAAUCCUCUUUGGACCUUUACAUAAGAGGUCCUGGAAGAGAGGGAACUGCAAGCACUCAACAUCUCGCUUCAGUGAGGCUAACCUCUUACCAUUGGCCAUAUUUCCAAAGUCGAAAAGGAGAUGUACCUCCUCCUGCCGAAGGAGAUUUGGAAGAAUCAGUUUUCCGAGCAGAACUCAAGCCAAGACCUUGGAAGAAGUUUGAGCAAGACAUGCUUCUCAAUGCAGUAGCUCAAAAUGUCAUCGAUAGGACAAAGGCUCUUCUAGAAAUGAGGUUGCAACUACUGGAAACCAGAAUGUCUGCCAUCACAGACAACCCUCAAUUCAUCAUCAGUGAGAGUGAUCCUGAAGCUAGUCAAGAGACUAAUGGAGGAGAUUCAAGGCUUGAGGAACUUGAAAGGAUGAAUAUGGAAAUCUCUGAGAUAGAGUCUUCCCUUGAUUCCCUAAAUGAAGAUCAAGACAUCACAAAAAUUGUUGGACCUCGAAACAAAGAACAUGAUUGGCUGAAAAUCUCUACAAUUGAU